AUGGGGCCCGAGGGGCUCGAGAAGCCCGAGAUCCCAGACAAACCCGAGAAAAGAUCUCGUCGACGUGGGGCCGAACUCGACCCAUUCCUUCGUACCCGGCUCUGCGUGCUCAGAACCACAGCCAAAUGGACCUACAAACAGAUCCAGAAUGAAUACCCGCAUAUCCCACUCUCAACCAUCAAAUCAACCAUUCUCCGAGAGAGCAAUCGGGUCAAUAAUCAUUCACAAGCUCGCUCCGGUCGACCAUCAAAACUGAAGGACGAAGAUCGAGCCCGGAUCCGCGAGGCUUUUCGUGCGAAUCCCCAAAUUACAUACGAUGAAUUGCUUGUGAUAGUCGAUUAUAAAGUUGGCAAGGAAUCACUUCGUCGGUUCUUGAAUGAUGACGGUUUAAGGAAAACACAGACCCCUGCUCGGUCUUCCUUGGCUGGGAAAGCAUCUACCAAACAACUUGAUGGGAUACAACCUGUUCAGUCAUAUGACACACCUCCCGCUGGCUGGGCUGGUGAAUUCGGGUCUGAUUUAGCACCCAGCGAAUCAGGUCCAGCAUCUGCUACUGCGAGUCAAAUCGUCGGAAAUUAG